GUUUUUAUCUGUAAAUUAGUAAAUUCAAAAUGCCCACAAGAUGUUGUUGUAUUAUACCUUUAAGAGGUGGAAUAGUCAUUAGUGGAAUAAUCAUGGCUCUUGUAUCAAUAGCUAUCCUUGCUGCUACUUUUGCACAUAAAAAUCCAAUGGUAAUGCACCUUGCCGUUGUCCAUACAGUUCUUCCCUGGGUCUAUAUCGGUUUCUGCAUUGCAGCCGUAGUUGUGGCUUUGGUGACAACAUUUUCAGCUCUUGUGGCUAAACUUGGAAUGAUGCGUCUGACCAAGACCUUGCUGUGGCUCUUGGUAUUCUUCCUCACCAUUUGGGAAGCCCUAUCAUUCGUAUUAGCAUUAACCAACAGAUCAAAAGCAUUACAAGCUUGUGCAGAAUCUAACCCUUCAAGCAACUCAACCGAAGCCAACACCAACACAACCAUUUCAGUAGGAGGAUAUACGACAACCUUUUUAGGAAUGAAGUAUGGUGACACCUAUGGCUUGGCUAACUGUGAUCAAGCUAUUCAGGCUGAUGUUAUUGGAACAGCCAUCUUGCUUUUUGUUGGGCAGCUAUUUAUGCUUUACACAGCAACAUGCGUAAGAUCAUAUACAAUCAAAUUAAGAGAACGUAAACUUGGUCAUCGUUUGCGCGAUCUUGAAUGGGAUGAUAACCUGGAUGAGCUUGCCGCAGCUUAUAGGGCUGAUGCUUCAACUGCACCUAAAUAUCCAUUACAUGACAUUUCAGCAAAGAAUAAGAAGGGAUUUUUGAAUAAGCUGAGCUUUGGUAAAUGAAUGUAAAGAGGGUUUUUUUUUUUAAAAAAAAAAAUA